CUACUUUUAGAAACGGGACGUGACGUACAUAAUUUAAAAAACAAAAAAUGUCUUUGACCAUGAAGACCGUAUACCUCCUCGUGUUAGUAAGUUUGUGCCAAGCCCUACCGCUGGACUCCAAGGCUGGACUACUGUCAGCCCCUCAUCUGCUAAGAGUGAAUAUAAUAGACCCACCAGCUAUUGAAAUGACGUGGAAUAAGAUCGAGAGUGCUGACGCGAAGGAUCCUGUUAUCGGUUAUAAGGUGAAAGUAUGGGAAGUACAGAACACCACAAACACUCUGUUCGUCGUGGUGGACGGAAAUGUUGAGGAGCUCGUCAAAGCCGAGGAACCGGCUAUCGACCUACUGUCUGAACUUGGUGGAUCCCCUGAUGAAAUCCAGGUUCCAGCUGAUGUGACCACAGCAGUCUACAGGAAAGUCAAGAUGGACAUCACAUAUGAAGUCAGGGUCCAAGCCUACACGAAGUUGGAGAAUGGUCCUCUCUCUGAUCCCGUCAGGGUCAAGCUGAGCAAACCCUGAUUAUGAUGAUGAUGAUGAUUUGUAGCGUGUCUUGUACUGUGAGAAUCUGAGUGUUUAUCUGUGUGUAUUUUAAUUUAAUAUUUCCUAGUGGUUUUAAAUUAUAAUUGUUUAAAAAAUAAAGAGUAUUAUAUUGAUUAAAUU